AAAAUCUUAUUUUUGUCAUUUCGUACCUCUGAUUUUCUAUAAAAACACACACUUGGAUAUAAGAAUCACAUGUAAAAAAAAAUUAUCAGAAAAACAAGAGAAAGAGGAAUGGCAAAAUUGGGUGGAGUUAGCCAGGUUGAUGGAAACGAGAAUAGUCAGAAGAUGGAAAACCUCGCUCGUUUUGCUGUUGAUGAACACAAAAAGAAGGAGAGUACGAUGCUGGAGUUUAGGAAAGUGUUGAACGUAAAGCAGCAAGUGGUUUCUGGGAUUAUGUACUACAUAACAUUGGAGGCAAUGGACGGUGACAAAUUGAAAAUUUAUGAAGCCAAAGUGUGGGAGAAGCCUUGGAUGAAUUUCAAAGAGUUGCAGGAUUUCAAGUUUAUUGGUGAUGCCCCUGCUGUUUGCACUGCCACCGCUUAGAGUGACAGAAGAUUGGUGGUGAAAGGACAUCAGGAUAUCAAAGACGUGUCUCCUUUAAAUAAAUGUAAUUAUGUAUUAUUUUAAUUCGGAUUUAACGUGUGCUAAAUUCAGUGGUGUUAAGCAAAUCUAGAACACAAAUAUAAAUUGAAGAAAGUAAAUAAUUUACUUGCGUUGUUUCCCUUUUACCUUUCCGUUGUUUCUUCUUCUGUAAUUUCUAUAGUUAAAUUAAAUUUAAUA